CAAAUCUAUCCAUAUCUAAAAGACCAUAGCUAGGCCUAAAGUCUGUGUGCCAAGGUUGCUCAUUAACCUUCUAAGCAAAAGCAUCAAAGUCCCCACUUGUUCCCCUUCAUUUUAAUUACCCCCUCUUCUCCUCAUACUUCUCUGCCAGCAGCCUGUCUUUACCAUAAGCUCCUAAUUCUUUUUUUCCUCGCCAGAUGCACUCUUGGGAGGUAGGACUGAUGCCAAGAGAAAGGGAUCCUUUGGUUGUGGGCAGGGUGAUAGGAGAUGUGUUGGAUCCAUUCAUAAGAAGUGUACCCCUCAGGGUGAUCUACAAUUCGAGGGAGGUGGCCAAUGGAUGUGAGCUUAAACCCUCGGCUGUCGUUAACCGACCUAGGGUUGAGGUUGGAGGCACUGACCUCAGGACCUUCUACACCCUUAUUAUGAUAGACCCGGAUGCUCCAAGUCCAAGUGACCCACACCUCAGGGAGUAUUUGCACUGGUUGGUCACGGAUAUCCCGGCAACGACUGGAGCUGCCUACGCCAAAUAAAAAAAACGCGUGUCGUCGCAGAAGAAUGAUUGGCAGGCCUGAUCACUAUGUCUCAUAAUUUUAUACCUGGGUUCAGGUCAGGAGAUUGUGUGCUAUGAGAGUCCACGGCCGGCGCUUGGCAUCCACCGGUUCAUCUUUGUGCUGUUCCAGCAGCUUGGGCGGCAGACAGUGUAUGCUCCUGGGUGGCGCCAAAACUUCGACACCCGGGACUUUGCAGAGCUCUACAACCUCGGAUCACCGGUCGCAGCAGUCUAUUUUAACUGCCAGAGAGAGUCGGGCUCCGGCGGGAGAAGGAUGCAACCUUAAACUAUGGCUGAUAUGGUGAAAUUGGGAGCUAGCUUGCACAUGUGCCACCUCUCCUAUUUUCUUGCAACGGGGAUUUACAUAGCAUUACUGGGGACUUCACAGUUUCUAAAGAAAAAUAAUGGCUCCGGCAGUGAAGCUACUAGAAAAGUGGAGAUAGCCGGACAUUGGGGUUUGAGAUACUAGCAGAUAGCAGUACAAGCUUUGGAUUCCAUGAAAAAACUCAAAGAUUGAACACAUUAGCUACCCUUUUUUUCAUGAUUGAGAUGCAUAGCCUGAGAGGAUGCAAAGAAUAAAAGAAUGUGGUGUAAUUAUCGAGUAAAAUAGAAAUUAAAGAGAGUCGUAUAUAUUUUUUUAUAAUUAGUGAACUUUUCGGGUACUC